UCACCGCGGCAGCAGCACCAGGGUGGAGCAGCAGCAGCAAGAGAAGGAAAAGAGAAGGAGCAGGAAAAGAGAAGGAGCAGGACGGAGGACUAACGAUGGACGGAGACUCCACAGUCGUCAAAGAGGAGGAAACUACGAUGGCAGAACUGGUUUAUUCCAGUUCUGAGGUUAAACCUCCUAAUGGAGGAGCAGUGAAGGCUGAGGAAGAGGAGGAGGAGGAGCUGAUGAAGAGCAGAGAGAAGGAGGUGCAGAAACCUGAGGAAAAGGAGGAGCAGCGACAGGAAGAACGGAGGGAUGAGGAGGUUUGUUCAGCUCCUGGAGAUGGAAGAGGAGCUGCUGAAGGAGGAGAAGACAACAUGGAGGUGAAGCUGGAGGAGGACAGAGAGGAGGUGAAGGAGGUGAAGGAGGUGAAGGAGCUUCAGCUCCAGACUUCCACUUCUCCUCCUCCAGAAGAGGAGAAGGAACGAGACGAUGGAGAAAAAGAAAAGAUAUCAGACAAGAUGGAGGAGAUGGAGAAGGAGACCAGAGGAGCUGAUGAAGAGGAGCAGAAAGUAUCCACUAGGGAGCAGCGUGAUGUCCAGGAGAUUCCUGAGUCCAGAGGAGCUGAUGAAGAGGAGCAGAAGGAGGUCCGUGAUGAAGAGGAGCAGAAGGAGGUCUGUGAUAAAGAGGAGCCGAAAGUUCCCACUAGGGAGCAGCUUGAUGUCCAGGAGAUUCCUGAGUCCAGAGGAGCUGAUGACAAGCAGCUUGAUGUCCAGGAGAGGAGUGUCCAGAGACUCCUCUCUCAGGGAGGAAGAACAUCCUCCUCUUCUUCAAUCCCGAGGUCCAGAAUUCCUCACCCUCAUCCCAGAGAUAAACCAGCCGCCAGGCCGUCUGCUGAUGAAACCGCGAGGGCCUCCAGGACAGCAGGGGGCGCCAUCGCUGCAAAGCUGAUCUCAGCCAAGAGCACAGAGUCGGUGGACGUCAGUCCAGGAAGUCGCUCACCUGCCAGUCGAUCAAGCACUCCCAACAGAGAAGUGAAGAAGGUGGCCGUGGUCCGGACCCCCCCCAGGUCUCCCGGUUCUGCUCGGGUUCUGCCCUCCCACCCCAUGCCCGACCUCAGCAACGUCAGGUCCAAGGUGGGAUCCACCGAGAACCUGCGGCACUCACCUGGAGGAGGAAAGGUUCAGAUCACCAACAAGAAGCUGGAUCUCACCAACGUUGGGUCAAAGUGCGGCUCUAAAGGCAACCUCCACCACAAGCCAGGUGGAGGGCGGGUGGAGAUCAAGUCGGAGAAGGUCGACUUCAAAGCUGUUCAGUCUAAAGUCGGGUCUUUGGGGAACGUGACCCACGUCCCCGGAGGAGGGAACAAGAAGAUUGAGAGCCACAAGCUAAGCUUCAAGGAGACGGCUAAAGCCCGGACCGACCACGGCGCCGACAUCGUCGUCCAGACGGACUCGCCUCCUCGCGGCCUCAGCAACGCCUCGUCCAAUGGAAGCCUUAACGGAGCCGGGGCCACGCCCCUCCAGGCCACGCCCCUCGACAACCUGGCCGACCAGGUUUCCUCCUCUCUGGCCAAACAAGGCCUGUGAUUGGACGAGUGCCUGCUGUUGCCAAGGAAACCGUCAGCUGUUGCCAAGGAAACCGUCAGAAGGAAGAAAACAUUCGUCAUCCUGCCAUUUUCUUCAUUCUGCUCAUGUUAAGCUAAAGUAUUGGAGAGAUUUUAUGACAAGUCAAAGUGAUGAUGAAACGGCCGAUCAGGGUUCGAUUCUCUGUUUCCUCCAGAGUUAACCUGUUAGCAUAGCUGGCUGGGGCUAGCGAGCUAGUCCAGAUUGGCUAACGGAGCCCAACGGUAGAAAGAAAGUUUAUAUUUAUUGUGUUUUUUUUCAACAAUCUGGUUGGUUGGUUUACUGUUACUAUUAGCUUGAUUGGUUUCCUCAAUUAUCGGUUGCUUUAGACCAGGGGGGCCACGACCCCUAGGGGGCCGCAGAGGUACUGCAGGGGCUCCAACAACUCCAUUAACAGGAGAUAACAAUCUACUUUUGACAAUAACUAUUUAGUCUCCAACUCUACAUAAAUGAUUCAUGACGUGAGUCGUGUGACUAACGUCAACUUUAGAGAGAAAAACCAGCUGUUUUUAUUUCCUAUUUAACUAGUUAGACCUGAAAGAUAAGUUAGUGACGAUAACGAAGCUGACGAGGACAAAGUUUCAUCAACCGUCGACUGAUUCUGACGUCUGUGAUUCUGAUCAGUCUGUGAUUGAUCAGUCUGUGAUUCUGAUCUGUCUGUGAUUCUGAUCUGUCAGUACGUUCACAUGCAGCGAUUCAACCUGGUUGCAGAUCCGUUGCAGACAUCGUUCCGACUUUUAAACUGCAUGUAAACAUCUCAACCUGGUCAAAUCAACCUGGUCUAGCCGGAUUCAUCAACCAGGUUGGAGCACCUAGAUAAGCCAGUCGCAACCAGGUUGUUAACGCCAUGUGUACGGGGACAUAGAUAUUGCAGUCUGCGCAUGCUCGAGAAUUUCCCCCGGGUGGGGUUUUCCCCCGGGGGAGGGGAUUCACCCCGAAGUGAAAGGAGACGACGCGUGUUUAGCCAUUCUUUCAUUCUUCAAAACAUGUCUACAGGAAGAACUCAUUUUUGGUCCAACGAGGAGACGCGUUUUCUGCAGUCACUGCAGUCAAAAGAUCCGUUCUUCUUUUCAUCAUCAACACUAAAAGGUACAUAAUGCAGGAAAUGUAGCUGCGGUAGCCUCGUCGAGGUGCUCGGACGCCAUCUUUCUUUCUUGGUGUUGGUAAGCGGAGGUCAACCGGAAGUGGCUCUUUGUUGAAAUGGUUACCAUGGUUACCUUGGGUACAGCGCCACCUAGCGUCACGGAGUCAGCCAUGCUCUGGUUACGGUGGAUUAUUCAAUCUGAUUCAGUCUGAUCUCAGAACAGCAUGUGUGAUCAGACAAGUUGAUCCAAUCUUCUGCAUGUCAUUAUGUGAUCAGAUCUGCAACCAGGUUGAAUCGCUGCAUGUGCACGUACGUGAUUCUGAUCAGUCUGUGAUUCUGAUCA